ACCAACUUUCAAUUCUUGCAAAUUGCCUCAACCCAACGGUCAGUUGGGCAUUGGCACUGAAACUUGAGACAACAUUUUUAAUUGAUAAAUUGAACGACGGCUGAAUUGCAUAUGAGAUUUUGCUUGUUGGAUUUUCGAUGGGUCGUUACGACUGAGGCAAGAAAACGAUAAGAGGCGAGCAAAAGCGGGCGCAUUCAACGCGAAACUACGCGUCCACCCACUUUGACACACCCCAAAUCUCCCUCGUUUUUCUCCAUCCCCAUCGUCACACUCCAAAAAAAGCCCGCCCACCCCUUCUCUUGGCCCAGCCAGCUCCAGCCAGCCAGCUCUGUCACUGCAUCGAAAUCGCCCACUUUCUCUUGCAAUUCAAUUUUCGAUGCGUCCGAGCUAGCGCAAUCCUCGACUCGCCGCACCCGCCGAGCUUCACACCAAGACACGUCCCAAUUCCCAAUUCAAAUCCACCCAUCAUCAUCAAAGCCCCCAGCUCCCUUACCUCACCACCACCUUACCUUGGUCAAGGAGGUACCUUGCCCAAGCUGAGGCUAGACUUUUCCACAUUGCAGCAACACCUAUCAACCAGCUUGCACCACGGUAGAACAACACUAAACAAAACCUCUUUCUUGCACACGCGUGGUGCACGACCACUGUUUAAGAAAAGAAAGAAAGAGAAAAAAAAACGAAGCAGCCAGAAAACACAAUGUCGGACGCCGCAACUGCUGCGCAAACUGCGCCGGCCGCGCAAAAGUCGGAUGACGCGAAGGACGCCGGUUCCAAGUCGCCGGCAAGCCCGGUUGCGACAACUGAUGGAAAGACCGACGCCGAUGGCGCGAGCGACGACAAGACCGACGCGACUCCUGCCGCUGAUGCCGACAAGAAGUCCACCGAAGACAACGAGUCGAGCGACAAGACCGAGCAAGAAAAGGGAGACGUCGAGAUGAAGGACGCGGCCGAGGAUGCCAAAGAGUCGGGCGACGCGGCGGGCGCAGAAGACAAGUCAGGCGACGAUGAUGCCGCCACUACUGUCGCGGAAAAGGUCACAGAGGUCGUCGCCGACGCGGCUGAAAAGAUCGCAAAGGCACCAGGCGCGGUUGCUGACGCCGUCGCCGAGGUCGCAGAUAAGGUCACGCCGGCAACGCCUGCGGCCGACAAGAGUGGUAGCAGCAAGUCGCGCAGGAAGUCGAACGCGACACCCGGAGACGCCAAGAGGAAGCUCAACAAGAAGGGCUCGAGGGCCCGGAUAACGCACACGGACGCUAAGCCUGGCGACUACUUCUUCAUCAAGCUCAAGGGCUACCCCAAAUGGCCCGGCAUUGUCUGCUCGGAAGACAUGCUGCCCCAGACCCUGCUCAGGACGCGCCCCGUGACGGCCAUGAAGGCUGACGGAACAUAUCGGGACGACUACGCGGAUGGCGGCAAGCAGAUGCACAACAGGACGUUCCCGGUCAUGUACCUGGCCACCAACGAAUUCUCCUGGAUCCCCAACACAGACCUCGAAGAUCUGGAUACCUCGACUGUUGCCUCCUUGGUGACCCCCAAGAUGCGCAAGGACCUCCAGGCUGCUCACAAGCUCGCAGCCGAGAAAAACGACCUCGACUACUUCAAGGAUCUUCUCAUUAAGCAUCAGGAGCAUCUGUUGGAGGAGGAGAAGGAGUUGAGGGCUGCCGAGGCGGCUGCGGCAGCCAAGGUAGAGUCAAAGGCUGCAUCUUCCACCAAGAAGGCGGCAAAGAAGAGCUCUGCUGCCAGGGAAAGCACAGACGAGGAUGUCGAGAUGGCCGAUGCUGGUGAUGAUGAGGAGGCUCCCGCUCCGGAGAAGAAGACCUCCAAGAAGCGCAAGGCUGAGGAAGAGGCUGCCACUCCUCAGAGGGCAGAAUCGGUCAAGAAGCCCAAGAUAAAGCUCACCACCAGCUCUACUCCUAAGACGGCUAACGGCGCCUCCACACCCAAGUCUGCCCAGCCCGCAUCAGAGGCGAAGCCCAAGGCGGCCAAGGCUAAGAAGCCAGCGGCGGAGAAGAAGGUCGAGAAGGCGGAGCCAGUGGUACCAAAAGAGCCGGAGCUCUCUCCGGAGGAGAAGCAUCAACGAAAAGAGAAAGAGGUCCUGUUCCUUCGUCACAAGCUCCAAAAGGGACUCUUGACGCGUGAUCAAGAGCCCAAGGAGGCUGAGAUGAAGACCAUGUCGGAAUUCAUCACCAAGCUCGAGGGCUUCCCAGACCUCGAAGUCAGCAUCAUUCGGGCAACCAAGAUCAACAAGGUGCUCAAGGCGAUCCUCAAGCUGGAGAACAUCCCCAAGGAGGAGGAGUUCAAGUUUAAGCCAAGGUCACAGUCGCUCCUGGACAAGUGGAACAAGCUGCUGGCCGGCGACGGGGGUUCCGGUUCGGCCAACGGGGUCAACGGAGCUUCCAAGAAGUCUGCCACUGGUACCAGCGAAUCCAAGGCGGACAAGAGUGACAAGAGCGACAAGAGCGAGACCAAGUCUGAGCCAGCAAGCGCAAAUGGACUCAAAGAGAAUGGUGACUCAAAGAAGGAGGCCACGCCAGCCAAGGCCGAGGAGCCAGCGACCAAGAGUGAAGAGCCAUCUGUAGAAGCAGAGAAUGACAGUGAGGCAAAAGAGGAGGAUACCAAGCCCACAGAGGCCGUCGAGGCAGCUGCUUGAGUGUGAUGAACAAGAAUGAAAAAAAGGAACACCAACCAAAAAAGAAGCAUAAUAAUUUGUCAUCACAGAUGCUUUCAUGGCUUUUUUCCUUCUCCUUAUUUUUUGAACCAACGUCAGCUAUUUCACUUCAUCGGGGUCUGUAAAAACAAAUGAUAUUUGCGCGUUUUGACCAGAGCACUCUUUCUUUUUUUUAUCAUAUUCAUGCCCGCUUAGAGCCCUCGUUCGUCUUUUUACGGUCACCAGAGAAAAUUGGGAGGUAAGGAACCUUUUGUGGGUGCGUUUGUGUUGUGGGAGUUGUGUUGAGAGAGCGCGACAAGAAAGAGACAGACUCACGAUCUGCCCUGGUUCCUGACCGUUUGGCGGCCUUGCUUUCCAAUUGGCUUGUCAAUGUCUCUCUUGUUCUUUUCUCUAUCUUCUUAUUGGCGUUUUUAUCUCACUCCAUCUGUCGGGUGAGCUGUGACGCGAGACCAGAUCACUCUUGUGGGAGACAUACUUUUUGUUCUUUCAUGGGCAUUUCGGGAUACGGAUGAUACGGUUUUGCUCGUGGGACUCAAGGGAGACUUGUGUUCAUUGGGGACCUCGUACGCCUAGCAAGGACCCACAGAGCGGACAUUGGCAUGUUUGUGGGACGGGGUAUAUUCAGGGAGAAGCAGGAUGGAAUGAGAUCCAUAAGGAGGAGUACUGGACGGACUUUACAAAAGACAUCAUUGAGGUGAUCGAUGGCUCAAGUCUCCUAGGGAUCGAUCAAACGACUUUUUUUCUCACUUGUUUGUGUUCUUUUUCUUUUCCUCUAAAAUGAAUGACAUGGUGGAUUUUAUGGGAGGCAAAAAUCAGAUUUGUCUUUUGGGAGGGUGAGAAAACAGGCGAGCAUCAGAGAUGGGGACUGUCCUACAGAGGGCACUACGAAGUGCUCUCUUGAGAGCGGCAUGGUCCUCCUCUCAAGGAAGCGAGCUGAGGCUGUUUGGCUAGACAUUUUUUCCCUCCGUUCUUAUUUUUCUGUUUUCCCUUGUUUUGUUACUUAACAAACAAAAGCUCGUGGCCUAUGAGAUGAUACAGGUUAUUGUUGGGAGCAAGUUUGGCUUUUGAUAUAUCACAUAUAACUGGUUUUCGUUUGAGGGACUCUGAUUUUUUUUUCUCUUUUUUUUUCUCUUUUUAAUCCGACGACUCUGCAAAGGGUGAAAAUAAAAAUUGCAAGUUAACGUGUUUAAUGGUAAAAGUACGCCCG